UUUAAACCAAGUAAUCACGAAGAAAAGGACAGCCUACAGGAGCCACCAUUGCCUUUUUGUUGCUUUGAUUCUUCUUCUUCUCUAUAGUGGCAAACCCUCUCUCUUUCUUCCCUCUCUGUAGGAGCUGCUUGCCUUGAACUCGGGUUGCUAUACUCACCCGAUUCAGGCGGUACACGAUUGUCACCAACCCAAUUAAAGCUGUUGAAAUUCUUCAUCGAUUAACUAUUGCUGAGGAAUAAAAUUAAUAGUGCCGUCACCGUUAAAUCCACGAUCCUUACCCUUGAGAAGAGUCCUCUAAUGGAGAAAUCGGCGGUUGCUAAGGAAAAUUAUCUCGACUGGAAUCACCAUCAGUCCUUUUCUUCUUCCUCUGCUUCUCUUAGAGACGUUAGUUACAGCUGUGGCACUUGUGGAUAUGAGUUGAACUUAAGCUCUUCCAAUAGAAACACCUCAACCAUUGGCUCUAAAUAUGGAAAAUCCAUAAAGCGAGGGAUCAUCUCCUUCUUUAAUAUUGAUGAGAGCCGAUUUACUCAGACUGAAGAAGUCCAAUGCAUACCUUAUUUUUCAAAGAAUUCAUGGGGUUUGUUCCGCAGGAGAACCAAACUUCUUUGUCGUAAGUGUGGUAAUCAGAUUGGAAUUGCUUAUGAUGAUGAAACUUUAGCUUAUCCAAUUGUAUCAGAUGGUUCAGAUUCAUCGUCAGUCAAUGAAUCCAAACGUAGAAAAUAUGAUGUGAAAAUCCGUGCCUUACAGCCUUCUUCUCUUGAACGGUCUGGCAAUCCAGUCUAUAUGUGAUGUGUUGGAGCUAUCAUUUUUAUAGUUCAUGUUUAUUGAAGCAUAUCAAUGAUUCAAUAACCAUAGCAAAGUUGUCUUGUGGUA